AUGCAAAGAAAUCUGUCCUGGGGCACCAAUGAUGAAUCCCUCCGUCAGGCUUUCUCUGAAUACGGCCAGGUUGUUGACGCGAUCGUCAUGAAGGAUCGUGAGACCGGUCGCAGCAGAGGUUUCGGCUUCGUCACUUUCAGCAAUGACCAGGAGGCCGACACUGCCAUCUCUGCCCUCAACGAGCAAGAUCUCGACGGUCGUCGCAUCAGAGUCAACCUUGCCAACGCCAGACCCUCCGGUGGCAACCGUGGUUUCGGUGGUGGCUAUGGUGGUGGCUACGGCGGUGGCUACAACCAGGGUGGUGGCUACUAA